AUGGACCCCAAGAAGUUCCUAGCGGAAACGGUGCUCAAUGAGCGACGGAAUGUCACUUAUCGCUUGUUAAGCCGCGCGCUCAAGAUCCACGCCAACCGGGCCAAGCAGAUCCUCUUUGAUUUCCACGCGACCGAAAAUGCAAAGAGACCGCAGAGUGUCCAUGCGACCUACGUCAUCACCGGCAUCCAGAACCCUCCCGAGCCACCCGCAACAAAUGGCCAUGCGAAAGACGAGGAUGAGAUUAUGCAGAGCAGUCCCUACCUGCCAAGCUCAAUACCAAACCAGGAGGGUUUAUUUGGCUCUGUCGAAUACACGGCCAUCACCCUAGCCCGAGAGGAAGACUUGGAGGAUGCAAAGUCAGCUUUUAAAUCCAUCUCUUCGAUUCAUGUCUACAGUAUCCAGCCUACGGUACUCCAAGAUCUUAAUUCGCUGAUUGAUGUUGCUCGCGAAAUUGCGACGACCUACGCACAGGACGAUCCAUUGGAAGUCGGAAAACAAUGGGGCAUGAUCCAAAAUCCUCAUGUGAGGCGCAGGACUGGAGCUCGACCACCCCCGCCUGCCGCUGCCGCUGCCGCAGCGCCAAAGCCCAAGCCAGGAUCUGGAUCGGCCGUUCCUGCAAAACGUCCUUUACAGUCUGAGUCGUCGACAAAAGCCGAAACAAAGACGGAGGAAGCGAAGUCGCAAUCAGCCCAGCUGAGUGACUCGCAGUCAUCUACCAAAUCGACUACCAAAACCGCACCUGCGAAGAAGGGUGAUCUCUUCAGCUCGUUCGCAAAGGCGAAAGCACCAAAGAAAAAACCUGAAACCCCUUCUCAGCCAGCGGAACAAAAAGACGUUGUGCUUGGCGAUGCCUCUGAGGAGGAGCAAGAGGAGCUAUUCCCUGACAGUGGGACUAAGUCUGCUACCAUCCGUGAAACCAAGAAGGAACGUGAAGACAAACUCAGGGCUAUGAUGGACGAUGAUGAUGACGACGCCGAUGACGAGGAGAUGCCCGACGCCGAUGAUGAGCCAGUUCGAGAACCGACGCCUAUUGAGCAACCACCACCCCCAAAGCCGACCCAGCUGAAGGAAGAAGUCACCGUUCAAGGCGGCCGCCGACGUGGAAAGCGACAAGUUAUGAAGAAGGUGCAGAUGAAAGACGAGGAAGGCUAUCUCGUAACUCGAGAAGAGCCGACAUGGGAGUCAUUUUCUGAGGACGAACCGGUACCCAAGAAGAAACCUGCUAUCAAUGUACCAAAGGCCAAAGCUGGAGCGAAAGCUGGACAGGGGAACAUCAUGUCAUUCUUUGGGAAAAAGUGA